AUGACCGUCGACAAAUACACUGAAGAAUGGCUGGAAAGAGAGUUUGUGGGCUAUGGUUUCGAUCAGCCAGACCCUCAAUGGCCAGGCGAUGCCAAAGUUUGUGUCAGUUUCGUCGUACAAUAUAACAUGGGAGCCGAGCUUAACAUUUUGGAGGGCGAUUCCACAUUCUGCGCCGAUUAUCUUGAAAUUCCUGCCAGAGUACCUCCCACUGGUAUCCGAAACGAGAGUAAUGAGAUGAUGUAUGAAUAUGGGGCAAGGGAAGGGGUGCCCAGACUUCUUAGCCUCUUUAAUCGCUACCAGAUACCGGUCACUUGGAAUAUAUUCACGCGAGCUCUCGAGAAAGCACCAUACUGGGUCAAACCGAUCGUGGAGAGCGGCGCGGAGCUAUCCCUUGGGGGUCACCGCUACAGGGACAAUUUCUACGUUGACCCAGAAGAGGAGGACAAACUUAUCAACAAGAGCAUAGAUGUGCUGCAAGAUUUGACUGGAGAUAAGGAAUUACCCAAAGGCUGGCUAGUCGAACGUCGUUCGAACUUAUCCGUCAAGCUUUACUCCAUGGCUCACGCGGAGCGAAAACUACCUGUUGUUUACUCGUCGGACUCAUGUGCAGACGAUGUUCCAUAUUGGGUCCCUAGUCCGACAAAAGAGGAAGGCCAAGGUCUGCUGAUGGUGCCAUACUCGUAUGAUUGCUCGGAUUUGAGGUUCAAGAUGAAAGGCAGUGGCUGGGCGAGUCCCAAGGACUAUUUCUCUCACCUUAAAGACACGUUUGACUGCCUGCUUGAAGAAGGUGAGGCAGGUGAAGGUAAAAUGAUGACAAUCCUGCUCCACCCCCACAUCAUUGGAAGACCUAAUCGAAUUUUCUGGCUGGAAAAGUUCAUCACGUAUGUCAAGUCGAAGCCAGAGGCUUGGCUGGCUCGUAGGGUAGACAUUGCCGAACAUUGGGUCAAAAGGUUUCCUUACAACCCCGAGACAGCAUUUGGUCAGACCAAAGUUCCCGACUGCGGACAAAUAAAAAUCUCUUCAUAG